ACAAAAGGUAUAGAAACAAAUUUGGAGAAGCCGUUCCCUCUCCAAUACAAUUUGUGGUCGAAACCGUUUCUCUCUCUCUCAAAAGGAAUACAGCGGCACCAACUAAGAGCAAGGCCAGUACAUAAUGCACUGACCUGUCUGCACUGCUUCCAUCAUUUUUCAAUUUCAUUCUAUCGCAAAAAAUAAUUUAAAAAAAAAAGUUGAUAUUCAAAAUUCAGUGGGGAUUAAUGCUCGCAGUGAAGCAUGAGAGAGGAAUCGAGGCAUUCUCAAUGGAAGACACAGAAUUUGAAAACGAGAAUUUGCUCGACACCAUUAAUUUCGACGACAUUCUCAUCGGAAUCGGAGACGGCGACGUGUUGCCUGAUUUGGAAAUCGAUAACGAAUUCUUCGCCGAAUUCUCAGGCUCCGAAUCUGAGACGAAAUUAGAGAGUGAAAAUAUUUCGCGAGAAGAUGCCGCAGCAGAUUCAGUUUCCGAUGUCGAUUUGGUUCAGAAACCCGAACCCGAACCGGAAGUGAAGGAUCCGGAUUUGAAAGAAGCUGACGACACAAGCAAGAUAUCGUCGUCUCGCUGUAAAAAUCCACCGGGGAAGAAGAAAACCAAGGUGGAUUGGACUCCGGAAUUGCACCGGCGGUUUGUGCAGGCGGUGGAGCAGCUAGGGAUUGACAAGGCGGUGCCGUCGAGAAUUCUGGAAAUCAUGGGGAAUGACUGCCUUACACGCCAUAACAUUGCCAGCCAUCUUCAAAAAUAUCGAUCUCACCGGAAACAUGUGCAAGCGCGGGAAGCUGAGGCGGCGAGCUGGGGCCGGCGGCGGCAGAUCUACGGAACCACGGCAGAUGUGAAUCCUUGGAUUGCACCCACUAUGGGCUUCCCUCCGGCAACACCACAAGUGCCGAAUUUUAUACCCGUACAUGUAUGGGGUCAUCCAUCCGUCGACCAAUCAUUGAUGUACACAUGGCCGUCGCCACUGGCUGACCCAUCAUCCCUUUGGCAUCCAUAUCACCAUUAUGUUCCGCCGCCGGGCACAAUAUAUUUUCCACAGCCGCAAUUUCAACCGACGAGAUUUCCACGGCCGCCCACCGGAGUACCGGCCGUGCAAACGGUGCCGCAGCCGCCUUCCGAUGUUCAUCCAUCAAAAGAGAGCAUAGAUGCAGCCAUCGGAGAUGUUCUAAAGAAACCAUGGUUGCCGCUGCCACUCGGAUUAAAGCCCCCGUCCAUGGAUAGUGUGAUGGCUGAACUACGACGCAAAGGGGUAUCAAAAAUACCUCCCACUUAGCCCUUGAUAAUCAACCUGCUUCCAACUUCUCUUCCCAAUAAAUAUGCUGCUAGGACACUACGAUUAGGUCUCUGGAGUGGUAGCGGAUAUGUUUAAGUUCAUCAUAUAGGGAGAUUAUGCUAGUUUUGUAAGUAUAUUAAGAUUCUUCUAUUGGUUGUUAGUACAAAUUAAGUGGGCUUGCUCUAAUAGUACAACCAAGUGUGCGUAUUUGGUCACUACCACUAGAAGAAUUGUAUAACUAAUAUUACAAAAUUGGGAACUCUUACGACCUUAAACAUCUUCACUUUUGCGGA